UGUAAGUUGUUUCGACAUGGGAUACUUUUUGCUAUUCUUAUCAACACGCUUAGCAUGGGAAUCGAAUACCAUAAUCAGCCAAAAGAACUAACCAUUGUUGUUGAAAUCAGUAAUGUAAUAUUUUCUGCAAUAUUUGCUAUAGAAAUGCUUUUGAAAUUGAUAGCUGAAGGUCCAUUAAAAUACAUUAGCAAUGGAUUAAAUGUAUUUGAUAGUGUCGUUGUUAUAUUAAGUGUUAUAGAACUUUCUCAAUCAGUCAGUGAAGAGCGAGUGGGAAAUACUGGAUUGAGUGUUCUAAGGACGUUUCGAUUAUUAAGAAUUUUAAAACUCGUUCGUUUCAUGCCUAACCUAAAACGUCAAUUAUUUGUUAUGCUGAGAACCAUGGAUAAUGUUGCUGUAUUUUUUUCACUGCUAAUGCUCUUCAUUUUUAUUUUCAGUAUUCUGGGAAUGUAUUUAUUCGGUGGUAAAUUAUGUAUGUUGGCUGAUCGAAGUCGAUCGUGUACAUGCGAGGAAGUUAUGUUACAGGAUCCGAUGUGCCGCUGUGACCGCAAACAUUUUAACAAUAUCAUUUGGGCUCUAGUGACUGUUUUUCAGAUUCUUACUCAAGAAGAUUGGAACGUAGUACUUUCCAAUGGAAUGCAAAAAACGUCUCAUUGGGCAGCAUUAUACUUUAUAGUUCUUAUGACUUUCGGAAAUUACGUACUGUUCAAUUUACUGGUUGCUAUACUGGUUGAAGGAUUUUCAUCAGAGAUGAAAUGA